AUGACACACAAUCUACAAGUUAGCUAUACAGCAUUGGGCAUGUCGGACGAUAAUCAAACGAAUACGAACAGCUAUUCGAUGCCAUCGAUAGCAUCGCCCACACGCAGCGCCGGCGGCGGCAACGGCAACGGCAACGGCGGCGGCGGCGGCGGCAUCAACACGCGCAAUGUCAACUUCAAUGAGGAGCUCAACGAUCUGGCGGGUUAUCCGCCGCAGCAAUUGCCAACCGUGCGACGCUUUUCAAAAUCAUUUUUCCAGCGACCCCGUUCCAUGUCCGUCUGGAGUGACAUAAGUCGCAGCAGCAUGCGUUUGGAUGAAAGAGUGCGUGUGGAGUACUAUGUGAAUGAAAAUACAUUCAAAGAAAGACUGCAACUCUAUUUCAUUAAGAAUCAGCGUUCAAGCUUACGCAUACGAAUUGCCGAUUUAUUCCUUAAGUUACUGUCGUGUGUUCUCUACAUAAUACGUGUGAUAUUGGAUAAAAAUCCAACAUUUAUAACAUGCUAUGGCUGCGAAGUGGCCAAUAAGACAGAGUUUAUCAUCUCUGCCAAGCUGACGGAGGAGGAGUUCCAGGAGAAUCCAAUUAUUAACUGGGAUGCAAUACUCUGGGUGAAUCGUCCCACGGUGCUCUGGGUGCUACAAUUACUUCUGGCCAUGGUGUCGUUAACUCAAUCUUUGGUUCUUACAUAUCUAGGCUAUAAGGGCAACAUAUGGCAGCAAAUACUCUCAUUUCACUUUAUACUAGAAUUAGUAACGACAAUACCCUUUGCACUAACGAUUGUGCAUCCGCCGCUGCGCAAUCUUUUCAUACCAAUUUUUCUAAAUUGCUGGCUGGCCAAGCGCUCGCUGGAGAACAUGUUUAACGAUUUGCAUCGCGCUAUGCAAAAAUCACAAUCGGCUUUGUCGCAGCAGUUGACCAUUUUGUCGGCCACAUUGCUGUGCUUGGUCUUCACCAGUGUUUGCGGUAUACAGCACUUUCAGCGCGCCGGACAUCGCCAUUUGAAUCUAUUCCAGAGCACCUACUAUGUGGUUGUGACCUUCUCCACGGUUGGCUACGGUGAUUUUGUGCCGGACAUUUGGCCAUCACAGCUGUAUAUGGUCAUCAUGAUUUGUGUGGCGCUGAUUGUGCUGCCCACGCAGUUUGAGCAGCUGGCUUUCACUUGGAUGGAGCGCCAGAAAUUGGGCGGCAGCUACUCGUCGCAUCGUGCUCAGAGCGAGAAGCAUGUAGUCGUAUGCUCGACAACGCUGCACGCGGAUACGAUAAUGGACUUUCUGAACGAGUUCUAUGCGCAUCCCCUGCUGCAGGACUUCUAUGUGGUGCUGCUCAGUCCCAUGGAGCUGGACACAACGAUGCGAAUGAUACUGCAAGUGCCCAUUUGGGCGCAGCGCGUCAUCUACAUACAGGGCUCCUGUCUGAAGGAUGGCGAUUUGGCGCGAGCGCGUAUGAACGAGGCGGAGGCGUGUUUCAUAUUGGCAGCUCGCAACUAUGCGGAUAAAACGGCUGCCGACGAGCAUACCAUACUACGCUCCUGGGCCGUCAAGGACUUUGCGCCGAAUGUGCCGCAAUAUGUGCAGAUAUUCAGACCGGAGCACAAGCUGCAUGUGAAGUUCGCCGAGCACGUGGUCUGCGAGGAUGAGUUCAAGUACGCGCUGCUGGCUAACAAUUGCACCUGCCCGGGCGCCAGCACUCUGGUCACCCUUCUGCUGCACACAUCACGCGGACAGGAAGGCCAACAGUCGCCGGAGGAAUGGCAUCGUCUCUAUGGCAAAUGCUCGGGCAAUGAAAUUUAUCAUAUUGUUCUCGGCGACAGUCGCUUCUUUGGAGAGUACGAGGGCAAAAGUUUUACCUAUGCCAGCUUUCAUUCGCAUCGCAAGUACGGUGUUGCUUUGGUGGGCGUACGUCCGGCCGAGCUGCCGGAGUUCUAUGAGGAUACCAUACUGCUAAAUCCAGGACCCAGGCACAUUAUGAAAAAGGAUGACACGUGCUAUUAUAUGAGCAUCACCAAGGAGGAGAAUUCGGCAUUUGUCGUUAAUCAAAAUCAAACUACGGACACAACAACGGCAGCCAGCAAAGACGGUGGUGCCGCCAGCGGUGGUGCUGGCACCACCCAUUCGCAUACAGCAACUGGUGGAAACCCAAAUACAACAACAUCAACAACAAUACAAUCAACAACUAAAACAACAACAACAACAAAAACUACAACAAUUAGCACGACUUUCACAUCAUCAACAUUAUUAUCAGCAUCAGCAUCAACAACAACAACAGCAACCGCUUUGAAUCAAGCGGCCAUUGCACCAGUGCCGUCUGUUUGUGUUCGUGUGCCCCACAGUCCCACAUACGACUCUGGCGCCGGCACGCCCAUAAUCGAGCGGCAACACUUGCAACCGUAUCCGUAUCCGCCACCGUCACCGUUACCGCCACCGUAUCCGUAUCCGCAAAUGCAACAACAAACAUGUGACAGUGAUUAUACAACACUAUUUGUGCCCAGCGACAACCCAACGGCUGUGAUAAUAUCGGACUCGAGGCAAAAUCUAAAGGACACAACCGUCAGCACAACCCAAAUGCCGACGGCGGCAACAACAACGACCACAAUAACAACAACAACGCUGCCGCUGACAAUGGGCGGGUCAGCAGUUGGAAGCAGUGGGGCAGGUGCUCAGCCGGGCUCCAGCAGCAGCGGGGGCCUCGGCGUGGGCCUCAACAUGGGCACAUCGCUGAGCAUAACACCUGCCACGCUGACCACCACGGGCAAUCAUCUGGACGUGCCCUAUGCCAACAAUCCCAAUCUGCUCAGUCCCGAUGUGCUCAAUCAGCGUAGAGGCAGUCGCAGACCCUCGAUAUUGCCUGUGCCGGAUAUGUUUACCUCCUCCUCGUUUAGCAUAGCCGGCAACGAUGAUGGCGAGGAGGGCGACGAGAGCGACGAUGAAAUUGACGAUGAGAUGCCCUGGCGUUCGCCCUCUGAGAAGAUUGCCAUUGUCAAGGGUUUUCCGCCAGUUUCACCUUUUAUUGGUGUCAGUCCGACGCUUUGCUACCUGCUCAAAGAGAAGAAGCCGCUCUGCUGCCUCCAGCUGGCCCAGGUCUGUGAGCACUGCAGCUAUCGCAAUGCCAAGGAGUAUCAGUGGCAGAACAAGACCAUCAUUCUUGCGGCGGACUAUGCCUCGAAUGGUAUCUAUAACUUCAUCAUACCGCUGCGUGCUCAUUUCCGUUCCAAGACCUCGCUGAAUCCCAUCAUUUUGCUGUUGGAGCGUCGACCAGAUGUCGCCUUUCUCGAUGCGCUCUCCUACUUCCCACUGGUGUAUUGGAUGCUCGGCUCCAUUGACUGUCUGGAUGAUCUGCUGCGCGCUGGAAUUACGCUCGCCGAGAGCGUCGUUGUGGUCAAUAAGGAGCUAUCCAAUUCAGCCGAGGAGGAUUCACUCUCCGAUUGCAACACAAUAGUCGCUGUGCAAAAUAUGUUCAAAUUCUUUCCAAGCAUCAAGAGCAUCACCGAGUUGUCACAGAGUUCGAACAUGCGCUUCAUGCAGUUCCGGGCACACGACAAAUACGCCCUGCAUCUGAGCAAAAUGGAAAAGCGCGAGAAGGAGCGCGGUUCGCACAUCUCCUACAUGUUUCGGCUGCCCUUUGCCGCUGGCGCCGUCUUCAGUGCCUCCAUGCUGGACACUCUGCUCUACCAGGCCUUUGUCAAGGACUAUGUGAUUACCUUUGUGCGCCUGCUGCUGGGCAUAGAUCAGGCGCCGGGCAGUGGUUUUCUCACCUCGAUGCGCAUUACCAAGGAUGAUAUGUGGAUACGCACGUAUGGGCGCUUGUAUCAGAAACUCUGCUCGACCACCUGCGAAAUACCGAUUGGUAUUUAUCGCACACAGGAUACCUCAAAUGCGGAUACUUCACAUGUGAGUAACUCGCCGGUCGAAAGAUGGGGACCCUUCUCCGCCUUCAGCAGGCAUUGUGUGCGCUUGCGUCCAUCGUAUGACGAGGAAACCGGCACGCCCGAUUCCACCAAGGAUAGCACGGAAAUGCUGCGAGGUGUUACCUAUCGUCCGCCCUCAUCUGGUGGUGGCGCCGGUGGGGGUCCAGCUGCUGGUGCUGCUGGUGGUGGUGGUGGUGGCUCGGCCAGUUACCGUCCGCGCCAGAAGUCGGUCAACUGCCUGGGUGGCUGUUCGGAGCGUAAAGGAUCUUCCUACUCCAUUAAUCUGGCGGACGAGGCACGCGAUAAUCACGCCCAACAGAUCGAAAGAGCCGAAAUUGCCAAUCUGGUGCGCAGUCGAAUGGAAUCACUGAAUCUACCGACCAUUGACUAUGAUGAUGUCAGCGAGAAGCGCAACCAUCUGUCCUAUGUGAUAAUCAAUCCAAGCUGUGAUCUUAAGCUGGAGGAGGGCGAUCUGAUCUAUUUGGUGCGCCCGUCGCCGUUUUCGGCGCAAAAGACAUUCGAGCGUCAUAAUUCGCGCCGCAAAUCGAACAUUUCGUUCUGUUCGAAUAUCAAUUUGGGCGCCACAUGCGGCCCACAAAUGCCAAAUAUGCCCAACACCGCCGUCGGAGCUGGUUCGCGUCGAGGCUCCGGCAUCGCCGGUUUGAACCCCAUGCAAAUGCAGAGCGUUCAGACAUUGGCCGGGUAUGGAUCAUCGCAGCGCUGUACGCCCCCGAUGCAGCAAAUUAAAUCGAAUUCUCUUUCUCUACCCGACAGUCCGACGGUGGUUGGCUCGCAGCGCGGCAGGAGUAACUCAUUGCGGAUCGAUAAUGAUAUACUGCUGCGUCGCUCCUCGUCGCUGCGCCAGGGCUUGCCCAGCGUGGGCGUCAGCCAUGGCCGGCGCAAGUCGUCGCUGGAGGAGAUCGGCAUCAGUCACUUCACAACGCUGAUGCAGGCAACGAAUCACAGCAAUCCCAUCAAGAUAUCGCUCAACGGCAGCAUCGGCAUGGAGAAUCAGAUCUCGUUGCAGGUGACGCCGCCGGAGGAGCCGACACCCAUGUUGGGCGUGCCCUGCGUUUUGGGCGGCGGCGGCGUGGGCGGCAUAAAUCCCUCAGCGCUCGGGGGCAGCGCUGGCGGCGGCGGCGGCAGCGGCGGCAUGCUGGGCGCCAGCUCAUCGUUGGCCAUAAAUACGGCUGAUCUGGGUCCCGGACCGAGCACCUCGUCGGGCGCCUCGCUGCAGGCGCAGGACUCGCUGCCGCAGUCGUCGCAGGCGCCGUCGCCGCAGCAUCUGCAGGGCACGAUUGUAUGAUACAACCUGAUGUGGGGUCGUCGACUCCGCUCCUCGAUGUCCAAGAACAAAUGGAUAUAGAAUACGGCCAGCACACACAGACGUAGAGAUAAGUUCUAGUGCUUGUCUACUUAUUAUCAAGUCAAGCUGCUAACCCAAAACCAAAUCCAAAACUAUUUAUAUAUGUAUAAACGAAUUCGAGAUGUUUGCGUGCCGAUACUUCGUGACACGACGGCGCAUGGACACGCAGCGAUAUUGUUUUUCAAAUUUACGCAAUGUAAGUUUUUCGUUUCGUUUAUUUACACAAAUAUUUUUUUAUUGCCUUCAUUGUUACUGACAUUAUAAUUGCCACAACUGAUAUUAUUACCACUACUGCAAUUAUUAAAUUAGAAAUCAUAUUACUAAUAUCAUUUUUAGUUUAGGUUUCAAGCUAACAGGUUUACGUAAAUUUCGGAAACUACUCUGACCUUCUUCUAAAACAUCCCAAGAGUCAUUGAGAUUUUCUGAGUCCUAAGCUCCGAAUUUCAUUAAUUUACCUUCUUCAAAGAGAUUUGAAUGGGAAAUCCAAACUUCAUAAGAUCCCCCAUUAUAACUAUGUAAACUUAGCUUAACUUUAUUUCAUACAAAAUAAUAUUUGUUUAAUUUUUAAUUUUUUCUUUUCCGGUUCUUAUAUUUU